AUGUCUGCAUUUCAUCUUCUAUGUAUUGCCUUAUAUUUUGUGAGCUCAUUAUGUGUUAACGGGUAUAAAAACAGAAAUGUAAAAAAAGGAAAUGAUGAAAUAUUGGAUACCAGCUCUGCAGUUCCAUUUUUGAAUGGUAGUGAUGAGCAGGCAUUUGAACAACCAUGCGCAAGCACGUCAGCUCAAUCGGCAGGGGAUGUUCCUGAAUCUAAAGUAGAAGAGGUGGAUGAAAUGGAGGAGAAGUCAGGUCAAUCACCGAUUAAUCAAAGUGAUACAAAUCUAAUGUGUGUGACUGAUACGGAAGACGAAUUAGAUGAUGCUAAUCCAUCCGUUAACAGUGGCUCUGGCACACAAUACGGAUUGCGAAAUCGAAAUUUACCGUGUAGGGGGUAUAACCAUGGUAAUACAAUGCCACCAUCACCAUAUAAUAACAGUUCACAAGAUGACAUAAAUAAUGAAGUGUAUGAAAUGGUGCGAAAUCGAAAUUUACCGUAUAGGAUGUAUAACCAUGAUAAUACAAUGCCACGAUCACCAUAUAAUAACAUUCUAUGUACUAACUGCAGAGUAUCGCGAAUGGAAUCAUCAGCCUGUCGACAAGAAACAGAUUUAGAUACUGUUGACUACAGGUCUUUAACAAUACGCCUCUGUUGCUAUUGUUACGCCCUUUUCUUUAUUGCCAUGCUAUCUGGUAUCGUAGUGGCAGUACUUAGAUCAUUCUUAUUCUACGCAAAUAAUUGAAAACGUUAUUCGUAUGAUUUCUUAUUCUUUCUCGCACAGAAUAUUUCCUUACAUU